AUGUCGGGACCGUUCGCAUUCAUGAGGUCCCGUCGACACAAGGACCGUUCAUGCUCACGCAAGUACGCCGAUCGGGGUUCUGACUCUCCAGAAAAGCGACGACCCCACAAUGCCGCUAAGGAUGCUAUGAGCCACGCCUUACGCAAAGUCGCUCAGUCUCCGUUCUUGGACUACAUUAAACAGGCCCUAAUGCCGAGCAGAUUCACGCGGCUGCCACUUAACUCCUACGAUAGGAAAACUGACUCGGUAGAGCAUGUCAGUCAUUAUAUCCAUAUGAUGUCUCUACACACACGCAACGACGUGCUGAUGUGCAAGGUGUUUCCCUCAAAAUUCCGGCCCAUGGCAUUGAGAUGGUUUAAUGGGCUACGAAAAGGUUCCAUUCACAGGUUUGCCGAGCUGAUUCAGGAAUUCGGUGCCCGAUUUGUAACGUGCAGCUGGGUGCCACAAUCGGUGGACACACUACUAUUUAUGAAGAUGAAGGUCAGUGAAACCCUUCGCAGUUAUGCUAGCCGGUAUUGGGAGCUUUACAAUGAGAUUGGAGGGGGUAACGAGAAGAUUGCAGCAAGCACUUUUAGGAUGGGGCUGCCCGAGGAUUCUGAACUACGGGAGUCGUUCACAAAGAGGCCUCCCAAGGAUAUGAGGCAACUCAUGAGGCGCAUUGAAGAGUAUAAACACCUCGAGGAUGAUCGGCUACAGAGCAAGGGAAAGGCUCCAUUGGUAAAUCGUCCUCGGUAG